ACAGCUCGGCGGUAGAUUCCAAGCCCACCAUCAGCAACCGACGGCUGGGAUGAUCGCCGCGUUUGGGCUGGAUCCUCUCGGUGAGGCUGCGGGAGGCAGGGGGAGGGGAGGGGAAGGGUGGAGUUGAGGAAAGGGAUCCGAGGCCAGAAUUAGACAGGUCAGCUGAGCCCGUGAGUCUAACCCCAAGCAGGCACCUCUCUAUCAUGUACACGUAUCAGCACCUGUAAGGCGAGAGUACAGUGCAGAUCUAGUCCGAAACACAGUAUUCAGCUUUGAAUCGCGUUCAGAUGCGUUGAUUCAGGGAUUCCGCCGCUUGCCUUGGGAGACUGUCUGUCGAGCAGAACUGAACUGCCGUAGCUCCUCGCGUAUCAGAUCGAUGCGAUGGAUGGCGGUUCGUCAGCUGAGGUGACACCUGCCGCUGCCGACGCGAAAGAUUCCGCAGGGUCUUCGGCUGCAGUCGAAUCUCCUGCUGUCGUCGUCACUGUACUUCCCACGCAACCAGCGCAGCCUGCGCCGCAAACGACGGCACCAGUCGCGGCAGCCGCAGCGUCGAUUCCUGCCCAAUCGUCAGCGCUUUCGCCGCUUACCGCGUCUUCGCCUUCGCUUACCCCGGCUGCCAAGCCACCUGUGACGCAAACACCAGCGACUGUUUCAGCACCCACAGUUGCUGUGACACCAGCAACCGCUGCGAAACCAGCAGUCGCUGCGACAACAGCAGCCGCCGCGACAGCCGCUGCGACACCGUCAAACGCCGCGACACCUAAAUCAGGGGCGACACAUUCGCCUGCGGCUCCCUCCCGCCCUGCAGCACCAGCACCGACAGUUGCAUCAGCAGCAGCAGCAGCACCCGCAGCAGCAGCUCCAGCGUCCGCUGCCGCAUCACCACCCGCAGCAGCAGCAGCCGCCGCUCCAGCACCCACUGCUGCGCCGUCAGGUACUGUUGCGCCGUCACGCGCAGCCGUGCCGUCAGCAGCAGCGGUGCCCGCAUCAGCAGCCACACCAUCGCCUGCUGUUCCCCCGGCUAACGCAGGCGUAGCGGCACCCGCACCUGGAGCGGCUGGUGCUACCGCUGCGGCGGGUGCAGCCAGUGCGGCUGGUGCGGCUCCUGCAGCGGUAUUAGCGGCAGUGCCAGCAGCAGUACCAGCAGCAGUACCCGCAGCAGCACCAGCAGCAGCACCAGCAGCAGCACCAACAGCGGCGUCAGCAGCAGUACCAGCAGCGGCGUCAGGUGCAGGAGUUGCGAAGUCAGCCGGAAAACCAACAUCGCCCCCUGUUACUCAAUUGCCCGCAACUGCUGGUCCAGUCCCUGCUGCUGCCGCACCACGCACAGGCACGCCCCCCGCACCCACGCCUCCAGUUGCCAGUGGCACCACCCGACCACCAGUAGUCGCGCCAGCACCUCGGGCAGAUGGGUCGCCAGCAUCAGCAUCAGCACCAGCGGCCGCAGUUGCAGUUGCAUCAGUCCGUCCUGCAUCGUCUGCUAAGCCAGCGCAGGGUGCACCACCCACAGUUUCACGAUCAACUCCCUCCGCGCCUGCUCCGGGAGUACCCGCAGCUGCGCCAUCCGCAACAACUCUGCGGGCAGCUUCUCCCGCGCCUGCAUCUGCUCCUGCAUCCGCGCCAGCCCCGGGAGCACCGCGCCCACCCUCACCCGCGGCAGUACCCACUGUCGUCCUUUCCCCCACCGCCGCAAAACCUGCUGCUGCGCCAGCCGCAACAGUUCCACGACCAACUCCAUCCGCGCUAGCCGCGGGCGUACCGCGCCCGCCCGCACCCGCAGCAGUACCCGCAGGCGCCCUUCCGCCCACUGCUGUGAAGCCCGGAGCUGCGCCUACUUCGGUAGUUAUGCGAUCAACGGUAGUCCCCCCCCCACCUCGAGCGACCACACCGCCCGCUAGAGCACCCCCCGCAGGCCCCCCCACAGCCCCCGCCGCAGCACCGUCUGCUGCACCUGCAUCUGGCCCAAAACCCGCCGCCGCUGCACAGUCUCCCGCAAUCGCGCGCUCAUCCGCGCAAUCAGGCUUAGUCCCGCGACCCACCGGCGGAGCGAUGGUGCGGAUAACCAUUCCGCCUCGACAGGCCUCCCCCGCUCCCGCUCCCGCUUCCGCGCCUGCGGCCGCGCUGCCUCCCGCGCCUAGAACAGCGUCGGAGCUAUUAUCAAAUGAGGUGCUGAAAGGCGGAGGGGAAGUGGGGCCGCCUGUAUCCACCCGCGCGCCCGCCGGUACUCCUCCUGCGCCUGCGCCUGUCUCGGGGGCUGUAGCUGCGCCUGCGCCUGCAGCCGGGGGAAAGGCAGCAACCGGCGGAGGCGCGGGAGCGGGUGAAGCGAAGCCAGCGGGAGGUUCUCAGGCGCCAGCGAAUGUAAAACCUGCAGGCGGCGGGGAGGUACAGGCGACUGGCGGGGUAACGGCGGCUGGUGACGGGAAGUCUGGCGCAGAUGGGAGGGUAGCAGCGGAGGUGAAACCAGGGGUAACAGACGGUAAACCAGCCGCCGAUGCAAAAGCCACCUCGAAUUCUCCCAAGGCGUCAGCCGCACCAGCAGCCGCGAAGUCAGCUCCAGCAGCAGCAGCAGCAGCAGCGUGUAAAGCAGCAGCAGCCCCGUCCAAAGCAGAGCCCUCUUCCUCCUCCGCGAAGCCGUCAAGCGCGUCCGCGUCAAAGGCUGCUCCGGUACCGCCCAGUAAAUCGCCGCCGCCUCCGCCGGAGCCAGUGAAGCCGUUUGAGCUAGAGGACCUGGUACGAGGCGACGUGCGCGCGAUUAAAGACCGGAUGAAACGCGCCGGGCAGGACGAGACGAUGCUAAGGUUAAAGGAGGAGUUUAGAGCGUUAAUGGACGGUAGUGGCGGCGCGGGCGUGGGCAACGGGCGAGUAGGAGGCGGGAGUAACUUAGGCGGGAUUUACGGCGGGCGCGGGUGCCUGACGUGCGUGAUCGUCGCGAAUAAGGAGAACGCGGGGAAGGGCGGGUCGAACGGGUAUGUGUCUCCCAUCUGCGAUAGAGUCUUAAAGCUCCAGGCGGAUCUAGAGGUGCACUUAGCCUCCCAGCGAAAGGCGCUUAGGGAUAGCUUCGCUAACUACCUCGAGAUCUUAAUCGCCAUCCGGUACUCGUUAAGAACGCUAUACCUCCAGAAGAACUCGAAGCGCACGAUAGGGGACCUGGUGGAGAUCUUAUUAGGGGAGAGGUGUCUCCACUGCUGCUGCCCGCUGGGACGGGACGGCUACUGCCGAGCGUGUAUGUGCGCGCUGUGUAAGAAGUUCGACGAGGACCUCGUUAUAGACAGGUUUCGGAAUAAGACUAAGACAGGGCGGUGGAUCCAGUGCCCGUCGCCCAAGUGCGGCUGUUACGUGCACACGGACGGCGCGACGGAGCGCGGGUUGGUGCGGAUACUGACGGAGAAGGAGGCGGAAACUGCGCUCGUGGGCCCGGCGGAAGCGGUAGCUGCGGUUGCAGCGGAAGGAGCGGAAGCAGCGGGAGUAGCGCCAUGCCCCGAGAAAGCAGCCUCUACGGGGGAUACAGCGUCCGCCGUUCGCGGCGGCGGCGGCGGCGGCGCAGCAGAUGCUGGUGAGGGGGAGAAGCGGGGGAAAGAGAAGGAGACGGAUGCAGGCGGGGCUGCUCCGGGUAGUGACAAAGACAGGGAUGCUGGUAACGGGUGUGAGGGUAACAGAGGGAAGCGCCUUAAGACAGAGAGUGGUGUGACUGAGGGGAAUAAGACCAAGGUCAAGACAGAACCGGAUGCAGCUCCUUCAGGUUCCAUAGGGUCGAUAGGUCCUAUAGGGUCGCCUAAACCUCCUCCGCCCCCUUCCCCCAGCGGCAGCGUCAGCCGCGCGGACAGUGACGCCGCACCCAGCGUGUCCGCCGCUGGCGGGGAGGAAGCGGGGAGCCCCGCAUCCCCGCCUAGGUCAGGCGCGGGCGCGGGUGCGAGCGCGAGUUCGCUGGGGAGUCCAGGGAGCGGGGGCAAGGGGAAACCCGCGCCUGCUGCUGCAGGGAAGCAGGCGUUCGCAGGGGGGGGCGGAACGGGUCCGCGAGUGCCUGACUGCGUGCAGUACAUCUGCCCCCUGUGCGGGUACAGGAGCGCCAUGUGGGACCUGUUCCGGGAGAUGCUGACGACGAGCGCGGGCAUGGUGCGGGUGGUGCGGGUGACGAGGGGUGCAGAGUGGUGCGAGCCGUACCGGAGGUUGCAGGAGCGGUUGACGGAGCUGCAGCAGAGCAAUGAGGGGGUGAAUAAGGUGGUUGGGGAGCUAAGGGCGUGCUUCGGUGUGCAAGAGCGUCGGCACGUGGCCACCAUGCUCGCUGCAGGCAGAAGCUCUCUAGCCUUCCCCCCUCCCCCCAUCCACUCCACUCCUCCUCCCCUUCCCCUCACUCCCACUCCCCGCGCCCUCCUCUCUACGAACGUUCCGCCCUCGUACCCCCAUCCUCCUCUCACUCCUUCGUAUUCCACUCCAUCCUCACUCCCCGGCCAGCCUCCUCCUCCCUCCGGGUCACAGAACCCCAUGCAUACCGUUCAUCCGCCCAGCCCUCUUACCGUACCUGCUACCGUACCUGCCACCAGUCCAGUCCCGCCCCAUGGCUCUGCCUUAGCCCAUAAUGCCGGUGCCCAGUCAUCACCACAGGGGCCGGCAGUAUCACCAGCGAACCAGCUAGGCCCGGGGACGAGCAUUCUCCUUGGUAAUGGUAGGAGUAGUGGGGUGAAUGCGUCUGCAGGUAGUGCGCCUGUGGGGGCUAGUACUGGCGCUGUGACUGGUGGCACCGGUGGUGCUGGUGGUACUGGCGCUUGCAGUAGUCACGGGAGCAGCAGUCAGGGCAUGGCAUUGGGUGCGGGCGCUACGCACCACCAGAAGCAGCAGCAGCAGCAGCAGCAACAACAACAGCAGCAACAGCGACAACAGCUCAACAGUAUUCCCUCUAGUGGUUCUGGUAGUUCUGGAGCAGGGAAGCAGACCAAUACUGGCACUGGGAAGCAAGCGCCAGGACAAGCAACAGCUACUGGUGCACUCACCACUUCCAACGCAUCUCCUCGCUCCCUCAUUGACCCUUCUUCCUCCCCUCAUAAAACGCCUCCAAGUGCCCUUCUUAACUCCUCAUAUAGCACCAUCUGUAAUGCCUCCGCUAACGCCCCAUCCAGUUCCCCACUCAGCCUCCUUCCCGCCCUCCCAGGCAACCACGCGAUCGGCCCUUCUUCCACCACACCUCCUAGCCAUGCCUCCUCUGCUGCUCUCCCUGCCCCCCUCCCUGCCACCCCUCCUUCUGCGAACGCGCCUCCGAAUAAGCCCAAUGCUACCGGGUCUAACACGAGUUAUGGAUAUUAUUCGAAUAAUGAUCCGAGCAAUGCAACUCAUGGCAGAGCAAGCCCGGGUAACCACUCGUUCCCUGCGGUUUCUGUGGUAUCAGAGGGUCCACUUCCUCCAGGAGCCAAUCCGCUUCUGCCACCUGGCAUGUGCUUGCCAUUCCCCCCCGGUAUAGUCACAGAGGAGAGGGUUUCGGCCUCAGCCCUUGGCUUAGCGCUUGCUGCUCAAUGUGUGACUGUAGUGUCCGUGCCUGAAGAGGGGGGCACAGGUGGAGCAGGAGUGACAGGAGUGGCAGGAGUGGCAGGAAUGCCAGGGGGGCCAGGAGGGCCAGGAGGGGUAGGAGGGGCAGGAGGACGAGGGGGGGGGAAAGGAGGAGGAGGAGGAGGGGGGAGAGGAGGGGGCGCAGGAGGGAGGGUAACGAUAGCAGAGAGGCUAGGGCUGUUGGGGGAACCAGAGAUAGGCGUGUAUGGGGUAGCGGGCAUGAGAGGGGGGGCGAGCAGGGGGAGCAGGGGCGGAGCGGGAUUGCCUUCUUGGAGUAAAUCCACACACACGACUGCGGAGAGGAGAGACGCCAAGCAUCUGAAAGGGGCUGCGGCUGCGGCAGCGGCAGCGGCUGGGGCAGGGGGCAGUGGAAGAGGUGUUGCAGGGAUCAUUCAGCCACCGCUGCCAGAGUUUAGGAACAUUUACAACAGCUCCCAGAUCUCCCUCCCUUCAUCACUCAACAAGUCAACUCCAGGCGAUACAUUCCCUUCCCUCCCCCCCUCCCUCCUCGCCUCUCAUCAUCAUCUCUACUCUCGACAAACCCCUCUCCUCUCCUCUCCUCAACUCCCCACCACUGCUUCUGCUGCUGCUGCUGCUACAGCUGCUGCUGCUGCUGCAGCUGCUACAGCUGCUGCUGCUGCUGUCUUAUCUCCCCCAAAUUCGACCUCUUCUCCUGCUGCUGCUGCUGCCACUGCUGCUGCUGCCCCUGCAGCUGGUACUGGGGGUGGCACUGCAGCAGCAAGCACUUCAGCUGCCGCUGUGCAUCACUCUCUCCCCUCCUCCUCCACGCCCCCUCUCUUCCGCACACCCUCACCUGUAUCGUCUCAGUCCCUUAAAUCCUCCGCCUCUCCAGCCUUGCCUGGCAGUGUAUCCUCUCCUCUACCCCCCGUGCCUCGUAAUCCUUCACCUGCUGGCUCUACCGUUGCUGCUUCUCGUCCUGCCGGUUCAGCUGCUGCUGCUUCUGCUGCCGCUGCUGCUGGUGCUGCCACAGCUGCCACGGCUAUUGCUGGUGCCGCUGCUAACGGUGCUGCGGCAGCAAAGGAGCAGGCAGGUGUGAAGCGCAAAGCACCUGAGGGGGCGCGAGGGGGAAGAAAUGAUGACGCUGGCGCCACUGGGCGAGCUGUGGGGAAAGGAGGUGGCUCAAGUGUGGCUGCUACUGGCAGUGGUGAGCAGACGGUGCAGAAGGAGCAGAAGGAGCAGCCAACUAGCCGUGCUGCUGCUGGUGCUGCUGCUGGUGCAGGUAGUGCUGGCGGCACUGGUAGUUUAGGCGCUAGUGGAGAGGGGGUGGGGGCGGUGGACAAAGCGGGGAAGAGUAAGGCAGGAGGGAAAGCGGUGGAGCAGGGAGCAGUGAGAGGGCCAGGUGGGACUCCAGGUGCCACGAGCGCUGUGCUAGCCAAUGGCAAUGCCAAUGCUAAUGCUGCUGCAGCCACUGCUCCCACUGCUGCCACCCCUCCGUCUACCACAGCUGCCUCCCCUGCUGCUGCUGCUGCUGCUGCUGCUGCUGCCGCUGGUGGGGCAAAAGAGAAAGGUGGCGGUGGAGGUGCGCAAGGAAGGGAAGCAGGGUCAGGCGGUGAGAGCAUGAAAGGAGCAAAAGGCAGAGAGCGGAAGAGAGAUGCAGAGGACUUGGGGGAGACGGACCACGAGGAAGCGAAGAGGAAGAAAGCAGGAGGGGACAGAGGGGCGGUCAAUGGGAAGGAGAAGGCUGAAGGGGCGUCUCCAGGAAUGAUGCAGGGGGGUAUGGAAGAGGCCCUAGUGGGUGCUAUAGUGGCGAAACUGGAGAGGAGGAGGCGGGAUGUGGAGGAGAAGCGGAGGGAGAGGAGGGAGAGGCUGGAAUCUGUUGCAGGGAAGAGGAAGGAGGUGGAGGAUUUGAGAGAGGAGAAGAGGAGACGGUUGGAAGCGGUGGAGACGGAUGCAGAGAGGAAGCUCCGUGAAGCCGCGGAGCUGGAGGCUCGGGCGGCAAAGGCUCGGGCCAAAGCAGAGGCUGCGGUUCGGGGGAAGGCUGAGCUGACGGCGAUGCUCCAGGAGGAGUAUAGGGAGAGGGAGGUGAGGGUUGUUAGGGAGGUGGGGGAGGAGGAGAGAGCGAGUGUGGAGCUGGAUAGGGUGAUUGCGGAGGGGGAGGAGAAGCUGAGGGAGAUGGAGAGGGAGAAGGAGGAGAUGGUGCAGCGCGUGCGAGAGAUGAUGCGCAUGAUGGUCACGCAGAGAGGAUUGAUGGGAGUCGGGGAUGGGGAUGAGAAGGGCGGAUUGUUGGAGGAUGUUGCUCUGCACAUGGGGCUCCGUCCACCACAGCAGGUUAUACGAGAUGGGACAUGAGAGCACGACAUGGUGCGUGCAUGCUGCCCAACCAUUGUUGCUGCUUCGGCACACAUGUAGACAGCUGGUCGGUAGAGUAGAUAGGCUCACCUUUUGUACAGCACACAGUAGUUGUACACAGUGCAUCCUGUGUAGAUCUAUUCUCCUGACGUUCUGCGGUUUGUCAUUCUUCUUUCAAGCAUGCUGGAGCAUUUCGUU